CAACUUCUAACCUGGAGAUUCAUAAAAGUAAAUAAUAAUAAAAAAAUCUUACCAUAAAACUGUUUACAGAAGCUCACGCUUGUUUAUUAAUUUCGGAUGAGGCUUUCUGUUGGAUGCGCAUAAUAUGGUGAGGGUACCCAAGGGUCAGCGUGCGUAAUUACGCACGCGGUUUUGCGCGCUGCAGCUGGUCGGUGUAUCAGUGUUUUAUGGUGGUGAUGGAGAAUGUGGCAUCAUCUUGUAAACACUCUCUGUGGAUCACUGAAGGCCCUCAGAGCCUCUUGUCAAACUUUCCGAUAAAAAUUCAUUUUAAUAUGUUAUGAGACAAAUGUGGUUAAUUGGGUUGAUUGUGGUGAAUCCGGUAAAAUGAUGCUUUUACAUGUGUAACUUUGUAGAUUACCGAAUGUGAGUGUAUUUAAAUCCGUGUUUAUUCAUAUUAGGAUAAAUUUGUGGAAGUGACAGAUAUAAAUAUGACUCCAGCCAGAUAUAAUAAGAAGAACAUAAUAUGUUUUUAAAGUCUACACUGAAUAUUACUAUUACAGAAAUAUCCAGUGAUCUCAGAAAACAUCACUGAUGAUGCGUUUAAGUACAUCAACAUGAUGUAUUACACUGUAAAAAAAUGCUGUUUGUUUUUAAAUGUAAUGCAAUUUUUGUUAUUUUUCUGAUUAUUUUUCCUGUUUUGCAAAAUUACAAAUAGUAACUAGUAAGAUCACAGAAAAAAUGUACACGUUAAUUGUGAAAACACAAGUAACUGACAUGAUCAUUUCCACAUAAGACAUUUUAUAAUUUGCAAUUUGUUUUAUUCCAACAUGUCACUAUAAAAUGACACUGUUUUGUACUGUAUUUAAAUAGACAAAAAGUAUCAGACAUUUUCCAGAUAUUUCCUAUUAUUUUCACUUUUUUAACAUUCAAUGCAAUAUUCCACUAAUUUUUAUGUAUUUUUUCUGGCAUUCUUUCUACUAGACUUUCUCCAUUUUUGACAGUGUGUACGUUAAAAGUAUAAUAGGUAAGCUAUAAAAUGAGGGAGAUGUAGAAGCUAAAUAUAUACAAGUUGGUUUGAGAUGUUGCAGAGCUCUGUGUGCACAUCUCUGCUGAAUAAAGACACACAAACUGUGGAUUUAAAUGGAACGAUGUCCGUGCAGAAAUAGAAGUACUGCCUGUUGUACACAGUAACUUUACUGCAGUAAAACCUCCAUGUAUGCGUUCUGUAAAGUGCAACAACAUGAUGCUCCUCAUUCAGCUCCUCUGUUACAUGAUAUUAAGGAGCAGAAACCUGUGAAUCAUGUCCGUCUUUGACAUCAGUAACUGAGCAGCUUCAACAUUUUCUGUCCUCAGACUGAUUCUGAACGUUUUCUGUAUUUGUCCUCUUUGACUGUAAAACUGUUUUUUCUGUCAUCAGAUGAAUAUAAACAUGUGAGGAGCAGAAACUGUUUGUGGUUGUUGAUGCAGCAAAAGUGAAAUGUUGCUUUGUUUCUGUUUUCAGCCUCGUCUCCUCGCCGCCUCCUCCCCCAAGACUAUCCGUCACUACCUGGACCCCCUGUGGCAUCAGCUAGGAGCAAAGACCAAGGCUCUGGUUCAGGACCUGAAGGUGCUGAGGGUCCUCCUGCUCUACCUCACCCAGUACGACUGUGUCACCUUCUUCAAUUUGCUCGAGUCCCUGCGCUCCAGCCAGAAGAACUUUGGCUCCAAUUCAGGUUGCUUGUUCCUGGACUCCUGUUGGCGACUACAUUUUAACCCCAGACACUUGCGUUGAGCGUAAGAGCGUCAGUGACCUGAUUGGCUCGUUGCAGAGCGGCCGCCUCUACACCCAGUGCCUCUCCAUGACCCGCUACUACAGGAAAGCAGUGCUGCUCAUCGAGUUCGACCCGGCUAAACCGUUUUCCCUCAUGGCCCGGUCAGACUUCCGUCAUGAGAUUUGUCAAAUGAUGUUUCUUCAAAGCUUACUUUACUCACAUUGCACUUCCCUCGCCUCCGUAUACUCUGGUGCCCCUCCCCACACACCACAGCCGAGCUCUUCCUGGAACUAAAACAAGGCCAACCCGAACCCGAUGCUUCAGCAGCUCAGGCGGUCACAGCUGAGUCAGACCUUGUGGCUGAAUCAACAGACCUCUACAACCCCGGACCUUAUGACUUCCUCUUGAAAAUGCCGGGGGUCAAUAUGAAAAACUACAGGGCUCUUAUUAAAAAUGCAGACAGUUUGGCAGACCUAGCCAAACUCAGCCAGAACAAGCUGGCAGAAAUACUUGGGAAUGCUAAUAACGCCAAGUUGCUGUAUGAGUUUCUGCAUAAUGUCGCUGAUGUUCCUGCUCCUGUUCAGAAGACCAAACAGACAUGAUGGACAGUAAAUCAGAUAUUUUGACCGAUGUAUGUGAAUAACUUUUCAGUGACAUCAGGAUCAUUUUUUGUCAUCAAAAUGUGUGUUAUUUUAAUAUGCAGAAUUAAUUUAAUAUUGCAAAUAUUUGUAUUGUAUUUUGGAAACUACUCUGCAAAUGUGUGUAAUUGUAUUAGUUUUACUCAGAAACAAAUAUUUUUACAUUGUGAAAUAUUAAAAUGUCAAAUUCUUUUAAAAUUCAUAAUAAUGUGUUAUUUCAAAGUAUAGCUUUCCAGAGCAGCAUAGCUGUUUAAUUAAAUUCACGUGUGCUGACGAGGACCAGAGGGCGGGAACACAUUACACCAGUUUUAAAGUCGCUGCAUUGGCUCCCCGUCCGCUUCAGGAUCGAUUUUAAGGUUCUUUUAUUAGUUUUUAAAUGUCUUAACGGCCUUGCGCCUUCUUAUUUAUCUGAUCUCCUUUUAACAUAUCGACCCUCACGGAUCCUGAGGUCCUCUGGCAGUGGCCUUUUAUCCAACCACAAGCCAGGACAAAAACCCACGGUGAGGCGGCAUUUAGCUACUAUGGCCCCCACCUGUGGAACAGCCUGCCGGAGAACCUCAGGACUGCAGAGACCGUCGAUAUUUUUAAAAGAAGGUUAAAGACUCACCUUUUUAAUCAGGCUUUUAACUAACCUCUUAAAUCUUUAUGUUCUUAUCAUUUUGUAUUUAUUUUCGUAUGUAUUUUUCCUUUUUUUUUAACGUUUCACCUUUUUACUUAUGUUAUAGGUCUUUUAUUCUGUCUUGUAGUUUUAAAUUUGUAGUUAUUUAACUCCAGUGUUUCCUCAGGGGGUCCUCCACACUGGGGGCUGUAUCUGGUCUGCUGCUGGGGGUGCUGUCCAUGAGUCCCUUCGGUCCGGCUGGUUGGGGGGCUCCCCACCUCGGUGUGGGGGUCCCCCUGUCUGUCGGGGUCUGUGGGUCUGUGGGUCUGUGGGUCUGGGUGCCAGCGCCCCCAGUGGUCAUGGCCUGCGACUCCUCCCAGUGUGGACGACCCCAAUGGAGGCGUUUUCCACAAUCGUCAGUGCCAUGCCAUGUCUCCCUACUGUCAGUGGUGGGAGUGUGUGUGUGUGUGUGUGUGUG